AUGGAAACCAGGGAAUUCAACAUAGAAAAAUUAAUUACUGAGGUUCAAUUGAGGCCAGCGAUUUGGGAUAUGCGUGAUGAUAAUUAUUCAAACAGAAUAAAAAAAAAACAGGCAUGGGAAGAAGUUACUACAGAAUUUCUAAGCGCAGCUGCUUCUGUUGAGGAAAAAAAAAUUAUAGGUCCUAUGCUACAAAAAAAAUGGAAAAAUGUCAGGGACAGAUAUUCCAAACACCUUUCCGAAAGUAAAGGCAAAUCUGGGCAAGGCCGGAAAGGAAAAACCCCAUAUAUGUUUGCCCAACAGCUCUCAUUUUUGUCGGAUGUGGUCCAAAGAAGGGCAACAGAGAGUUCGCUCGAUGCAACACAUGAAUUGGCAGCCACAGAUGAUGAGACUGCAGCCACGCCUCAGGAAGGUACAGAUAAAGAUGCAUCGAUAGAGCCACCAGAUCAACCAAAUACAACCAAGCGGGAAUCCCGAAAAAGGCAGCAGCAACAGCAUUAUGGUGAAGAGCGCAUUAAGAAGAAAAAAAAUGAUUCGGUAGAAACAGUUUUGUGUGAAGCUCUUCAAACACACACCGAUAUUCAAAAAGGAAAACUGAUGAAAGAAAAAGAAAGUGUGGAUGAUGACAAGCAUUUUUUGUUGUCAUUGUUGCCAUUUUUUAAAAAAAUUCCAGUUGAUAACAAGUUGUUGGUCAGAAUGGAAUUGAUGGCUUUAUUAAAUAGGCAUAUUUGUCCACCUCCACACCAACAUCAUGCUACUACAUUCUCCGAACCACCUAGUCACUUCCAACCCCACGUUGAACCACCAUCAUGGUAUACACAUUCAUUGCCUCCACAGAAUUCAUUACCACAACAACAUCAACCAACUUCAACACCACACCUUCAGAAUCAGCCAGGGCCUUCUGGGCUACAACGAGUUGCGCCACCCGAAUCCCAAUUCUCACCAUAUUCUCUUGAUGGUUCAGAGCAUAUGAGUUUAUAGGCAUAUAAGUUUAAUUUAGUUUUUUUUUGUUUGUUUUUGUUUGUGUUUAAAUAUAUUAUAUCUAUAUCUAGUUCA